CGCUACACCUAGCUCUGUUUUUCACUGCCCUGCCACUACCACUCCUCCAGGUCCCUCGAGGUCCGUAUUACUUGCCAACCCCAGAAAUCCUUCCAGCUGUGCCAGCAACACCUUAUACCUCUUGCCCACCGCUCUGCGAGCGAAGCGCUGCUGCACAGUAGGGUACUCUCCAGGCGUCCGGAGCUCCAGUCCCACCUCCCCGCCCCAGUCUUUUCUGCUCAGAGCUCCACGCCCCGCCCCAGGACCCUACCGUCGCUUUCUCGGACGAACUCCCUUGGUGCUUUCCCGGAGCUCUACUUCUAGCAUCCACCCAGGAAGAACCAUUCCUUCCCCCCACCCCCUCAGAUUUCCCAGCCAAAGCAAAAGCCAGUCAGUGAGCAGGGUGCCUUGUACAGCCAAGGCACCUGGACUGGCCACUCUUCUGGGCGGGGGCACAAAGAGGCACCCGACCUCUCGGGGUGCACCUGGCUGGGCAGCCACCUGGCAGGGCCGGAUCCUGAGAAUAGCUUUCCGUUUGAACCCGGGACCAAGACUCCGGAGUCGCUGCCUCUAGCCCUUGGGCACCCCCUGAGGUCACCCGGACCCCAACCAAGCUCGAGUACCGAGCGCGGCUGGAACUCCGCACAGCUUGCGGAAGCUCAGCGGCCCGACACGCUCCUUUCCGGCCCCCUCCUUGGAGGGGCGCGCGGGGGCCUGGAGAGGCACCUCCCGCCCGCCUGCCUACCCUCCCCUUUUUCCUCGCCCGCCCACCCGGCCUGCGCUGCGCGGCUCAGCGCUGCGCUGGGAUUCUAGGAGGGAAGUGCGGCGCUCAGUCCCUGGCGUCCUCAGUCCUGCCCCCAGAAGUGGAGAUGAGCGAGAGGCAGGCGAGGGCGCGCAGCUCCUGAGACGCCGCGCUAGCCGGCACCAUGCGCCUGCGGCCGCUGCCCCUCGUCGUGGUCCCGGGCUUGCUGCAGCUGCUCUUCUGUGAUGGUAAAGAGGCGGUGCAUGCCUCAGAAGGUCUGGACUGGGAAGACAAAGAUACCCCAGGGACAUUGGUUGGAAAUGUGGUGCACUCAAGGAUCAUCAGUCCUCUGCGCCUGUUUGUUAAACAGUCUCCAGUGCCCAAGCCAGGUCCCAUGGCAUAUGCAGACAGCAUGGAAAACUUUUGGGAUUGGCUGGCCAAUAUCACAGAGGCUCAGGAGCCAUUAGCAAGAACUAAGCGGAGGCCAAUAGUGAAAACGGGAAAAUUUAAGAAAAUGUUUGGAUGGGGUGACUUUCAUUCCAACAUUAAAACUGUCAAACUCAACCUUCUCAUCACAGGGAAAAUUGUCGACCAUGGAAAUGGAACCUUCAGUGUUUAUUUCCGGCAUAAUUCAACAGGCCUGGGCAAUGUUUCAGUGAGCUUGGUACCUCCUUCCAAAGUGGUGGAAUUUGAAGUUUCCCCCCAGUCGACCUUAGAGACCAAGGAAUCCAAAUCUUUCAAUUGUCGCAUUGAGUAUGAAAAAACAGACCGGGCAAAGAAGACCGCCCUGUGCAACUUUGACCCAUCCAAGAUUUGCUACCAGGAGCAGACUCAGAGCCAUGUGUCUUGGUUAUGCUCUAAGCCCUUCAAGGUCAUUUGCAUUUACAUUGCCUUUUACAGUGUUGAUUAUAAACUUGUGCAGAAGGUCUGUCCUGACUAUAAUUAUCAUAGUGAGACCCCAUACUUAUCUUCUGGCUGAAUCUGUCCACAGUGAUAGAAAUGAGAGACUCAUGUAUAUUUAAUUAGAAUGAACAAAAAACAAGCCCAGCUUUCCAUGGUACAGGAUCCCUUUUGUUUCUGUCAGUGAACCAUAGUUUCCCAUCACAUUUUCAAAUGAAAAGAAAAAGAAACAUAUUCCAAGGUGAAAUGUGUUUGUUUCUAUCAUAAGUACCUUUAUCUAAAGAGUCAAACUGUUUAUGAAAACCAUCCCUUUCAUGUGAGAUGGCUAAGAUCUAGAAAUAUUAUUUCUGUAAAAGCAGCAUCAAAGGUAUCCACGUGGGGAAAAGAAGGAAGCCAAUUUCACAUGUGAUAGACAUUGCUCUUGAAAUGAGCCGGCCUUUGAAAUAUAUUUUGGAAAGUUACCUCAAAUUCGGUAAAGAUUUAGUAAAAUACCUGAAAAGAUGGUAUUUGAUAGAUGAAUUGUGUUUCUGAUAUGGAUUGCUUUUUUUUUUUAAAUUGCUAUCUCUUUCCCCACAUUGGUGCCAGUAUUGAUAAAGAGAGAGGAAGGGGUAAAAUUUGUUUCAAAACCCGUGUGUAAAGUUACGGUGCCACAGAGGAGCAACCUGAGCUGUUCAGUGGAAUGUGAUUCAGCACCUACCUAACCCCGUGUUGGUCACCACCUUUAUGAUUCUCAUCUGAGUAAUAAUACUGGUGUACUGGAAAGCAAAUUGGGUACGUCCACUCAACAAUAAUGAAGACCAUGAUGUUUAUAGUCUUUUACCAAUGUUAAUGCUGUGAGGUUGUCAGAAGCGACAUAAAAUUUGUAGUCAUCCUAAGAGCUUAUUCCCUCGUUCUACUCAUUUAAUGGUCUGAUUUAAUUAUCUACAUAUGUAGAACAACUCUGAAACUGAGCAAAAAUGGUUGAUUCCUUAGACUGGAAUGGGAAAAGUAAAAAUGAAAGCUGAAGGAAGGAAUUCCAGGACUGUGAGUUCAUAAUCUCUAGCCUCUCAGAUUAAGUUCUUGUAUUUAGUUAAUUAUUAGGAAGAAGGAUGAAACUAUGUGGUAAUAAUGAGUUAUAUUUGAACAUUUCUAAUUAUAAAGCGCUGAUAUCCAAGAUACCUGGCUCACUUGGCUUUUGAAAUUACUUCCAAAUUAAUGUCACUUCACAACCAGUGCCCUUCUCGAAUUCCCUGAGGGACCAGUGGCAACCUGUAUGGUAGAACUGGAUGAUCAAUGGAUUAGCACAGAAAGAGGAUCUGCUUGGCAAGGAGAGAGACUUCUAGAGCUCGGGCUUGUGGAAUGGUUUGCUAUUUACAAUAGACGUUAACUUCUUCCCCCGGCCUUCUUAUCUGUAAAAUAUCAAUUAAUGUAAAACAUUCAAUUGUGGACUAAAGGAAGAUAAGUCCUAACCAACAAAAAUGCCCUUACCACACUGUUCAGAAAGCCAACAACAGCUCUGUUCUAUAUUUUUACAUCUCCAUUCUCUUCCUGUGUGAUAUCUGCACAGUGUUCGAUUUUGUCUUUUGUAAAAAUUGUACUAGGCUUAGUGUGUGGUAGUACAGGCUUGAAGUUUUUGCUCUGAGUUCAUCAGGUGCUUUUGUAAUUUUGUGGUCAGUAAGUAAUAUUUUGAGGCAUCUUUUUAUUUUCAUCUAGAAACAAGAGUAGAAUACUAUUUAUUGUAAAAUACAUGGGAACCGUAUAUGUAUAUAUACUUAGAAUUUUCUGUGUACAGAGAAAGUGUGUGUACACAUUUCUAUGUAAAUAAAAAGAAUUUGCUAGAUCUCUCACAUGA